AUGUGGCUCAUAACCUACCUAGCCUAUCUCCGCCUGAAAAUCAGCGCGUUAAUCCUUAGACUCCUAGUUCGAGUCUUCGAAGGCAGAACAUGGACCGCAAACCCAGACGCAAUCCAUAACCUCCCAUCCCGGGAUCCGCGCCGCAACAUCAAAGUCCAUGUCUACAAACCCUCCACUAAAACCGUGGGCCCAGCCCCCGUCCUGAUCAACUUCCACGGCAGCGGCUUUGUCAUCCCUGCUCACGGCAGCGACGACGUCUUCUGCCGAGAAGUAAGCCAGCGCACAAAUUACACUGUCAUAGAUGUUCGGUACCGCCUCUCUCCAGAGAAUCCUUUCCCCGCUGCUGUGCACGACGUCGAAGACGUCGUCAAGUGGGUCCUGCAGCAGCCUGCCGUCUUUGAUCUCUCGCGCGUAGCUGUAUCGGGCUUCAGUGCCGGUGGAAACCUGGCGCUUGUUGCAGCCUCCACCUUGUUCCCCAAGGACACGUUCCGUUCUGUCAUCACUUUCUACCCUAGUACAGAGGGUCAUAAUGAUCCUGCGACGUUGGUAGCGCCGGAGGCGGGUGGGCGCACAAUUCCCGUCUCCACCAUGCGGCUUUUCGCGCGUUGUUAUGUUCAGGCUGAGGUUGAUCGACAGGACCCGAGGCUUUUGCCUGUUUUUGCUGACCCCGCGCGUUUUCCGCGUAAUGUUUUGGUUAUUACUGCUGGUUAUGAUAUUCUUGCUGAUGAGGGUGAAAGGCUUGCGAGGCAGUUGAAGAAGGAUCCGAAGCGGAAUGUUGUUUAUCAGCGGAUGCCGAGGUGCAAUCAUGGUUGGGAUAAGAAGGCUGUUGUGGGUUCUCGGGAGUGGGAGCAGAAAACUGUGGCUUAUGAUUUGGCUGUUGAGAUGCUUCGGCUGUAG